CUCCGUCAACUCAAAUUCUAGGGGCAUUCCGGUAAAUUACCCCCACCGAACAGUUCCCCUUCCGAGUGGGACUGAUGGCAACUACCGACCUGUAACCCGAAAGCAACAAUACCAAAAGAAAGAAAGUUGGAAGAACGAAGUGGCGAUUGAUUCUGGGUUCUGGAAGAUUAGUGAUUAAAUGGAAGGUGGGUCGAACCCAGAAUCAAGAAAGAAAGUGGAGAAACAAAAGGGUAAAAAAUCCAAAAUCGAGCCUUUUGUAACGCAAGGAGACCACAAUGCCAGAGACUUGAGAUCUUGGGCUAAGAGGACCGGCUUUGUUUCUAUUUUUUCCGGCGAAGUGGGGACCACGAGCAGAGAUUUGGAGAGAAGAGGCGGCGGCGGCGGCGGCGGAGGUUCGUUGUCGCCCAAGAUUGAAACUGAUCCAACUAGGAAUACAAGUUUUGAAAUUGAACCGGCUUUGAACCGGAAUAGUGAGGCUGAUCCCAUUUUACCAGAAACUGGAAGUGGGGAAUACGAGAGAAGAAAUGGUGGAGUUUCUGCAAGUGGUGAUGGUAUUAAGAAAGAGGGUGGUAGCAGAGAAGAAGCGAUUGAUAUAAUGUAUCCUGGAGGUGGAGGAGAAUCUGGUGAUGGAGAAUGGAAUCAACCACCAAAGAUGAAAUGUGGAAUCAGAGACAAUCCUGGUUUAGUUUCGCUUGUAUAUUAUGGUAUGCAGCAUUAUCUUUCACUUGCGGGUUCACUAAUCUUCAUCCCCUUGAUCAUCGUCCCUGCCAUGGGUGGAACCGAUAAAGACACAGCCACGGUAAUUUCCACAAUAAUGCUAGUUUCGGGUUUAACCACAAUAUUGCACUCAUACUUUGGGACACGGCUACCAUUGGUUCAAGGGAGUUCAUUCGUCUUUCUGGCUCCAGCUUUAGUUAUCAUUAAUGCUCAUGAAUACCGAAAUCUUACUGAAAAUAAAUUUAGACAUAUAAUGAGGGAAUUACAAGGGGCUAUAAUUGUUAGUUCAAUUUUUCAAUGCAUCCUGGGAUUCAGCGGUUUGAUGUCCUUGUUCCUAAGGUUGAUAAAUCCUGUUGUGGUUGCACCUACGAUUGGGGCCGUGGGCUUGGCAUUUUUCAGCUAUGGUUUCCCUCAAGCUGGUAGUUGUGUUGAGAUCAGUCUUCCUCAGAUAUUAUUGGUGCUUAUCUUUUCCUUGCACCUUCGGGGAGUAUCUGUUCUUGGACAUCGGGUAUUUCAAAUAUAUGCGGUCCCUUUGAGCGUUGUUAUCAUAUGGGUGUACGCGUUUUUCUUGACAGCUGGGGGAGCAUACAACUACAAAGGAUGUAGCUCGGACAUACCCAUUUCAAAUAUGUUAGUCGAUUCUUGCAUUAAGCAUGCAUAUACAAUGAAACAUUGCAGGACUGAUGCAUCCGAUGCAUGGAGAUUGGCUGAUUGGGUUAGGGUACCUUACCCUUUGCAAUGGGGUAUCCCGAUAUUCCAUCUAAGAACCUCCAUCAUCAUGAUCGUUGUGUCCUUGGUGGCAUCAGUCGACUCGGUGGGAACGUAUUACUCCACAUCAAUGCGAAUGAAUGCAAAACCUCCUACACGGGGUAUUGUAAGUAGAGGAAUUGGUUUGGAAGGCUUUUGUAGCGUACUGGCUGGGCUGUGGGGAUCAGGGGCUGGCUCAACAACUUUAACCGAAAAUGCACACACUGUUACCAUCACAAAGGUAUCUAGUAGAAGGGCUGUGCAGCUGGGAGCGGUUAUCUUAAUCUUCUUCUCUUUUGUAGGUAAAGUGGGUGCCAUUCUUGCUUCUAUACCACAAGCGUUGGCUGCUUCGUUGUUGUGCUUUGUGUGGGCUCUAACUGUGGCAUUAGGACUUUCGACAUUGCGGUAUACUCACUCAGCAAGUUUCAGAAACAUCAUGAUAGUUGGUGCAUCCCUGUUUCUCGGUUUGUCCUUGCCGGCAUAUUUUCAACAGUAUCAACCAGAAACCGCAUUGAUUCUGCCCGGUUACUUCAUUCCUUAUUCGGCAGCAUCAGAUGGCCCAAUUCAUUCCGGAAAUAAACAAUUUGACUUCACAAUGAACGCGCUUCUAUCGAUGAACAUGGUGGUGACGCUUUUGGUAGCGAUCGUAUUGGACAACACCGUGCCUGGCAGUCGACAAGAGCGUGGUGUGUACCUUUGGUCUACUUCUGAGGACUUAUCGACAGAUCCAUCUUCUCUCGAUGAUUACUCUUUACCAACCAAAUGUUCCCGAGUUUUCAGCUGUGCAAAGUGUUUGGGUGCAUGAGCUUACGUAACAGUCCAUGGUCAACUGAUGCCUCGGCUUCAAGUCAACAUCUCAAAAAGGUGAUAUACGCAAUACACUUCUAUACACCAUUCGUAAGUUUGAUUAGUAUUUUAAAGAAAAUAACUGUUUCCUGAUAAAUACAUGUUAAGUAGACUAGUUCUUUGCUAGAAGUGAUUAAAACAGAUUAAAUAUAGAUUAUCAAGAAGCUCCAUUUAAUUGUUAUACGAUCUAAAGAACGAACAAGUUGUAUUGUUACAUACGGUUUAUGUUAGAGGAAUGGAUCUUUUUUUGUGCCAAUCGUGAAUCAAGGACCGAAGGGUGUGAUUAGGA